AUGACGGUCCAAUCACUCGAAGAUUUAAUCACAGCAUUACUGGAAUCUUUAUCGACAGCAAAUGAAGAUGGGAAAUCAGAGGUGGCCGAGGCUAUCAUGACGAUCGGCCAAAAUCAGCCGAAAACCACGCUGAAGGCGAUUCAUGCGUAUUUGAUACACCACAAUCGGUUACCGCCAAGUCUCCGAUCCUUCCUGCUACGAUCUGUCAAUGAUAUCCUAUCCGGGCCGAAAAUUCUGGACACUAUCGAUGAGCAGAUGAUUUUACUGAUCAUCAAUUUGACGACGCAAGAAAUGACGAUGACAAAGGACGUCGACCUUGAAUGGGCUGAUGCGGCCAGAGAUCUUUUGGUAACAAUUGGAAAGCACAAGAAGCAUGUUGGAAAUGUGCUCGAUGCAAUUUUGCAGAAAUUUCCUCCCGGUCUCACAACAUCUCCGCACCGCUAUGUUGUUGUUAGUCUGGGGAAGAUCGCCGCACACAAUGCGCAAGGCUUCGUCCCUUUCCUCACGGAUGUUCUUUCUCGAACCGUGCCCUUAUUGAAUGGGAUGAAGGGAGAUCCGCUUAGAGCCUCGUGGGCCCGUGCAAUCUGCUCAUUUUGCGAGGCAGUUCGAGAAUGUGAAUCUUCUGUUCAAGAAGUUAAAGAGGAUUCCGAUGUGCUUGAUGAUGAUGGAAUUUGUGCCAAUCGGGUCACCUAUUGCGACCAGUUUGAGACCGUUUACGAGGCUGUCUUUCUUUGGAUGAGCUCGAAGGAUCCAAAGGUCCGAGCUGAGGCCGCGGAAUGCGUUGGUGAACUUUGCCUGAUGAUUCGAAAGCAAAAGUUAAUCGACGAUCUGAAGAAACUGGUCUCCACACUUCUCGGCUUGUACAAAAAAUCUUAUGGAGAACAUCACACGAUUACCCAGGGUAUCUGCCGAUUCCUCGAAGUAACCUGUAUGGAUGACACGGUACCCCUGGACGCGUAUCUCGACGAAAUUCUGGCGGCCCUCUUCCCGAAUACUUGCCUCGACCCCGAUGAUACAAGCGGCAACCCAUCCCAAACUGCCAUCAAAAAUCAUUCCGAAGCUUUUCGCUGCUUCCAUGUCGCGGCCGCCCGCUUCGCCGACCGGAUCGUCUAUUUUCUUCUGCAUAAAAUGCAGCACAACCAAGACAUGCAGAAGCUGGGCGCGAUAAAUGUGAUGCGUCACCUUCUGAAUUCCUCAGGCGCCUACAUGGAGGAUAAGCGAUCGUUGGUGAUGAUGGGGUUGAGGAAAUUGCUGGCAGUGGAGCACGUAGCCACGAUACGAGUCAAGAGGGCGAUAGUGCAACUCUGCGUGGCGCUCUCCGACCACGCGUACGUCGACGCGGAGGGCGGGCAGCAUGUCAUUGCAUUUUUGGUUCGGAAUUUGAUCAACCAACCGGACGAUCAGACGGCCAAACGCGCCGCUACCGACGAUGUCGCAGGACUGAAUCAACUGCGAACCCAGUGCGCGCAAGCUCUCCACACCAUCACAUCAACGUGCGUAUGCGCGGAUAAGCUUCUCUGGCCGUACCUGCUCGAGUUCCUCUGCGUCAAGGAGUACACCCCGGUGCUGGCCGAUCUCUGCAAAUGCCUCCGUACCCUGCUGGCCAAGGCUCGAGAAGCCGGGAAACCGCUCGACUUCACCGACGGGUUUGAUAACGAACGUGUGCCCGGAAAAUACCAAGUCCUCGCCCGGCUGAUCGUCUCAAUGUGUGGAGCACCGCUGAAUGGCCUUCUUGGAAGACGCGCUCGUGAAUCCCUGGGUCUAUUCCGCGAAAUCGCUGACUGGCUGCACCCUGGCAUCGCGCAAAUCGUUGAACGAUACGAGAAGACGAUGGAACCGCUUAUUGACGAGCUUUCCACGACAACCUGGUCAAAUGAGACGCAAUCUAGUGGUGAGGCAAGGUGGCGCAGAGUUGGCAGAUGGCACGACACCGUCCUCGAUCUACUCUCGGCCACUGUUUCCAUCGUCAAUGAGGGCGAAUGGCGGCAAGAAGUUGCGGCGGCAUUUGGCAAGCAGCUCGACCUCUACAAGGACCAGCAGCACGAAAAGGCAUUCGCCCUCCGUUGUCUCGGCACCACACUUUCUUUCAUCACCAAUCAAACGUUCAUCAUCGACCACAUUUUGUUGAUGUUCCGAUCCACCAACCAUUCGGUCGCUGCCGAGCGUGUCGGUUGUGCUCGUGGAAUUGGGGUGAUUGCGAAAUGCCACUCGGAUUUGGUGCUGAUUCAACUUGAAAACGUGAGCAAAUGGGAAUUUUCGCGCAAGAGCCAGGGCUUUUUUGGCUUUAUAAAGGGCUACACGUACACGGAUCUGGAUAUGGUACAACUGCGAGCGACGCUGAUGCUCUGCUAUGGUCACGUGGUCGCAUCACUACCCUUGGAUGCUGUAACGCAAAGAAUUGAGCAGACCGUCUUCCCAUUUUUACGGACUUAUAUGGCAAAUCAAAAGCAAGAAGUCGUCGUCCGUGAAUGUCUGCUGGAGACGAUACGGCUGAUUGCCGAAUCGGUGCACCCGCUGCGUCUCGGCUCCGAGUACACGCUGGAAAACCGCGGCGAAUUGUUGAUCUACAUCAAGGACUACGUACAAAUGGAACUUUCCGAAACGGUCUCCAGCUGUAUACGUCUACUGGCCUGCCGAGCCGUCGCGGCCCUCGUCCGCCUACCACCACGCCUACCCGAGAAUGACAUCUGGGAAUUCGGCAACAUUCUGAUGAAGGCCAUCCUCCCGAUUUGCCGCGAGAAAAGCGGCCUGAAAACGGCAUUUGAGCUGGACCAGUGGGGCUCGGUCAAAUCGCCGGUUGGACCGUUGAGCCCCGUCCAGUCGACCAGCGAUUUGUUUGCUGGCCAGAAGAGCAAAGCGAAUAAAAGGAUGGAAGAAAACGACGACUCGUCGACAAUCAUGGAAUCUACAGUAAGCCAGCUUGGCGUCGCUUUGGCCGCGAUUAUUCGAAAGGCGCCUGUGCUCGGCACCGCCACGACAUUGCUUAGGUUACUUCAACCAUUCUACGGAAACCCUGCCGACCAUGAGCGGACCCGUGCCGUCGACCUCAGCGCCCUCGUACUACGCGUCUAUUUUGAAGCCGCUGAAGAUAUUCAACUAGGGCGCGCUAACGACUUCCCGCCCCUUUCCUCGCUCUUGGCUCGUCUAACGCCCCGCGUCGCAGAUUCUCUGCACGGCGUCCGCUCCGAGGCCAUCAACAUCAUCCACCUGGCCCUCCGUCUCGCCCACAUUUUCAAGGGGCACCCGAGGGAUUCAGAUCCCGAUAUAUUCUCCAUUCAAGAAUUCCACGAACGCCAUCUGACCGAGGAGGGAAAGUUAGAUGGGCAAUCGGCCAAGAAGGCCAUCAAGCAAAUGGCGCAGGUGAUUGAAGCGCAUCUGCCGUCGUCCCAAAUCCAGACAUAUCUAUCGGCAUUGUUUGACAUGCUGGCGGAUCGUCAGAGCCAAGUUUCGUCGGCCGCCGCCCAGUUACUGGCGCAUUCAUUGAGUUGUCGAGGUGCCGGGUUGGCCAAUGAGGGAGCGACGCUCGUUUCGUCGAUACUGGAGAAGCUGCCGCAAAUACAUGGCUGUGUUCAGACGUACACUGACAUCCUUGCCGCCCUAUGCGCCCUCUACUCUCACCAACAACACAUUGUCAUCGACGUCCUUCUCGAACAACCGCUGCCCUACACACCACAAUUGGUCGAUGUUUGGGAAUGCAUUUCAAGGGAGCGCACGCUAUUCCCCGGCCUCAUCGACUACAUCUUGGAAUUAUUGAUGGAGAGUUUUAAUGCGCCAUACGAGCUUGUCGAUAUCGGUGGCGGGAGCUCGGUGCGGGUGUGUAACCCUCAGCCGCUCGUCUACUGUGCCGCUCUAACGGAAGUGUUCAAGGGUGGCGAGCCGGAGAGCGCGAUCGAGGAGCGAGUUCCGGUACUUCUGGCUGCCCUGUUGCAACUGCUUACCUCGAUUUCUGGGGCUCAAUUUCCGGUCAUACAGAAGGAGACUAAGGACGUGCCCGGCAGCAAAGUCCUCCAGAUCACCCCCGACCUUCGCCGAGCGAUGGAAAAGCCAGCCGGACUGGCGGCGAACGCGAUCCGUGUCUUGCUACAGCGAAUGCGCCUCAACGAAAUCAUCGAGGAGAUGAACGCCGGAAGAUCGUGGUCUGAGUGUCUCGACAACAACAACUUUUUGAACGCGAUGGCCACCCUCACCUGUGCCGUCGUUGAACACAUGCCAAAAUGGGCUGAACCGCUCGCCGACCGAUUGAUGGAAAAGAUAACAUCCCCUCAUGAACCUCUUCGACUCACCGCCGUCACCGUCGUCUCUGCACUCAUCAAAAAGUCACCAAAUCACGACGGAGAUUUUGACCAGCGCCUACUCGUCGAUUGUGUCAACGCCCUCCAAAAUACACUCAAGGACGAGAGCCUGAGGAUCAGAAAGCUUUGCGUGCGUGGCCUCGGCGAAUUGGGAGAAUGCGUGAGCUCGGAAUGUGCAGCCCGCUUCACCGCCCUUGCCGUCGUCGCGUCGAUGCAGGCGCUAGACGACAUCGGCGAUCGACGGGACGAGGUGGCGAUGGAGGCGAUAUUGUCGUUGAACAAGCUCGUGCGACGCGCCGACGACAAGCAGCUCAGCCAGAUUUUGCCGCAAGUGCUGCUGAAGAUACGGCCGUGCUUCGAAAAGGAUUCCUCCGCUCUGCGUGCCGCCUCAUUUUCACUAUUUGGAGAAUUGGGUCGACGUGUUGGCCAGAAUAGCGCCGAUUUUCUGGCACAAUUGCAAACGAAUAUCGUCUCCAUUCUGCUGCAUUAUGGAGAAGAAGAAGCACUGGUACAACAGGCAUGCGGUAUCUGCCUACGCUCUGUCUGCCCCCUAUUAUCCACCGACAUCGCAGCCCAACUGGCCGAACGGUCAAUUAAUGCGAACGGGUCGCCAGCGGUCUCCUACUACACUUUCCAAAAGGAAAUGGCAUUGCUAUUGGCACUGUCAUAUCCGGAUCACGUCAAUUCUUACGGCCUCACCUGCUCCAACUAUUUCAAGGCUACUUCCAGCAUCAUUCGAGUGAACGCUGCCCAUCUGAUCGGGCACCUUCUCGGCUGUCUGACGGCCCCACUGCGUGCAACCAUUAGCAAAGAACUCAUCUUCACGGGUCUCGUCGCGUUGCUGAAGGAUGAUAGCAUCUUUGUCCGCAUCGCCGCCACAAAAGCCAUAUCCCAAUUGCACCAUUUCUCG